AUGGUCGCAUGUAUGACUGCAGCAGCCUCGGCUCCCCUUGUGCCCGGUGGUGCCAAGCCCGCCCCAGAGACGAAUAAGCAGCUUCCCCAGCUGCGGGAACUUUCAGACGAGGCCAUUAAGGCCCUGCUGAGCAAGACCCGAAAGAACAAGAAGAGCCGAUUGGCGGGAAAGCACUCUGGCACGUCGCCUCUGCUUCGCCAAGUCCUCCGCCGCUCGCUUCUGGGCCACAUCGGCAAGCACCAGCAAAAGGGAUCCGCUUAA